AAAAGUCAAGUUUGGCUCAAAUGUUAUCCGAAGAGCAGAACAAACGCUUACAACUUGAGAGUCAAUUGACUGAAAGCAAGCGAAAUGAGAAAAGUAUUGAAGAAUACGAGAAGACUAUUAACGAUUUGAAUACACGACUCAAUACCGAAGAAAUGUCUUUCAUGUUUGAGAGGAAGACAAAGGAAAGAAUGUUCAAAGAGAACGAACAAUAUUCACGAAAAAUCCAAUUCCUUGAAAAUGAAGUGAAAAAACUGAAUGAAUUGUUGACCGCAAACAGAACACCCGUCGCUACGGCAUCUCCGAUGGAUAUCUCGCACUCAUUGAAACGAAAGCUUCCGACGGGAACUGGGAGUCAAUUAGCGAUGGCUGACGAAGACAGAGAGUUCAUGGAUCCCAACAAUUUGAUUGCACUAAAACGUGGCGAAUGCUCUCUCAGUGACUCACAUCUCGACGAAGAGAGACUUUCAGUACUUCAAAGACGGAAUACACUUGUGUUGCCUCAUCUGAAGACAUCAUAUGGCGUUGAACUGCCGUUUAUGCCCAACAAAGUGGUCGAUUCCGAGAGUAUUAAAAACGGUUUUUUGCAACGCGGCUUCGUUUCUAAUGAUUCGCUGAACCCUUUGAAACAAAUUCAAAACAUUAGUUAUCAAAGAAGUGAAUUCACUUCCCGUCGAAACAAUAGAAACAAAGCCAUUAAUAAGAAGACAUUGAAUAAGCGAAUUGAAGCGAUGGAACCGGAAUAUGAUAUGAAUCAAGUGGUAAAGAAUCCAUACAUAUUGGAGAGAAUACUGAGUCGACUGGACAUUAGAUCUUUACUGACCUGUCAUAUGGUGUCGAAAGACUUCUUUGACGCCUCAGACUAUGAGCACAAUAAAAGGAAAGACAUAAUACAUCUCUAUUUACUGAACACUGGAAACAAUCAGUUCCUCUUCGAGUCGUUCUCAUACUUUACAAAAGUGUGGCUUAAUAUGAAACCAAAGUAUGUGUUUCUUAUGAUCGGUGGUAAUCAACACUCCAUUGACUACCGGUUCAAACAAAACACGUUAAAGAAUGUGACCCAACACUUGUCCAAAGACUGUCAAAUCACUUUCUUAGAUGUCGGACAAGCGAUACUCACGAGUAGUAUGUCAUGUCUGAUCGUUCCUGAUAUUGAGGGCAUUGAAGUGAAAGCCUUUCGAGAACCCGAUUGGCAAUCGCUCUCUAAUUCUCUCCAAACCGAAAACGUAAAGUGUGUCCUCUUUUUCCAGUCGUCCCGAGUUCUGGACAAAUCAAAUAAGGACGCGAUUCCGGCCAAAACCCUCGCCACUAAAGCAAUGCUUCAAAAUCUGAUCCAAAAGUUUGAAAACAAAGUAGCGUUCGGUGGCGGAGACGUCGCUGUUGUCAAACAUAUGACCAAAUGUCGACCAAUUGAGGACCGAUUGCUCGACAAUCUUGUGCUAACAAUUGGCGGACAGAAUGUCAGGUCUGCGAGCAUUGUAUUGGAAACGAGACACGAGUUUACAAUUGAAACCCAAUUAUCGGAAUUCAAGAAGAGUCUAGACUUUGAUUGCAAUCAACACAAGACGUCGACAACAAUUGCCAUUCUGUUCGCAAAUCGCGUCAACUUUUCGCUAAAUUUCUCGCAAUUGUUUCAAAAUCUCUUUCCAGCCGUCGCUCUCUUCGGCAGUCAGACCAACGAGAAAAUGUUUGGCAAGUUUUUCGCCGCCAAUGAUAAAAAUGAUAAUUUAAAGGACGACGAAAAAAAUGUUAUCAAAAGUAGUGAUGAAUUGAAGAAAUCUGAAGAAAAUGUGUCCCAAAGGAGUGCCGAUUUGGAGAUAUCUGACGGCAAGUCAUCCGAUGAUAAGAUGAUUAUAAAGAAGACAAAAAGUGGUCAAACAGAUGAUAAAAAGGAGAUGAAAGGGGAGAGAAGUGCAGUCCAUGGAAAGAGGGGAACAACUGAUCCAAAAUCGCUCAAUCUA